AUGCGGCUACAGUACUUACUAAUCCUACUUCCAACAGCAUUCGCGCUGUUUUGCCUCGAAGACGAGGGGAUCUUUGGCCACAAGAUAACGAUAAGAACCCGGACCGUGCAAUGCGAGCCCGGCUGCAACUACUGUGCCACCAUCCACAAGCAGUAUUUUGACGGGAAGACGCCGCGGAAGACGUUCUGGGGCUGCGGCUGCGAGCCUCAGCCAUUGUACACGGGCGGAAAAGUGCGAUGCAAUGACAGCGGCACCCUGGCCUUCGACAGCUACGAGGGCAGCUUGGCUAGAAGGACGCGCGUCAUGCUGAAGUGCUGCGUAGGGGAUGGGUGCCAGGGGGCGCAAAAAGUGAUCCACGCCGGGGUUUUGGGCUCUGCGUCAUCUGGAGGCUACGGUAGCCUUACAGUACUUGUCGGCUCGAUUUUGGCUCUGUUCACCUGUCUC